AGCACAGCUAGCUCGCUCUCGGCCAAGCUGCUUGCUCCUGCACACGUACGCCUAGCUAUUCCCAGCUCCCGCGUACCCAAUUUUUUUGAACACCCAGCCAGCCAGCUCCGGAGCCAGACAUGCCGGCCUUCGCCGAGAGCGCCGCCGAGCCGCCGCUGGCCGACAGCUACCACGCGCUGCUCCGCCGCGACACCAAACUCGACGCGUGCGCCACGACGGCUCCCCCGCCGGGCUGCCAGCCCGUGUCGGAGUGCCAGCUCCCGAUGAUCGACGUCGGCUGCCUGACGUCCGCCGGCGCGAGCCCGGAGGAGCGCGCGGCCUGCACGGCGGCGAUCGCGGCGGCGGCCGAGGAGUGGGGGUUCUUCCAGGUGACCAACCACGGCGUCGGACAGGACCUCCUGGACGCGAUGCGGCGGGAGCAGGCGCGCCUCUUCCGCCUGCCCUUCGAGGCCAAAGCCACCGCAGGCCUCCUCAAUGACUCAUACCGCUGGGGCACGCCCACCGCCACCUCCUCCAAGCAGCUCUCCUGGUCCGAGGCAUUCCACGUCCCGCUCGCCGGCAUCUCCGGCGACCGCUGCAGCUACGGCGACCUCACCAACAUCAGGGAUGUGACGCAGGAGGUGGCGAACGCGAUGUCGAAGCUGGCGAACGCGCUGGCGCGCGUGCUGGCCGAGAGCCUCGGGCACACGGCUGCCGGCGGUGAGCAGUUCCCGGCGGGGUGCGACGAGCGGACGUGCUUCCUCCGGCUGAACCGGUACCCGCCCUGCCCGUUCUCGCCGGACGCCUUCGGGCUGGUGCCGCACACGGACAGCGACUUCCUCACCGUGCUCUGCCAGGACCAGGUCGGCGGCCUGCAGCUCAUGAAGGGCUCCCGCUGGGUGGCCGUCAAGCCCAUCCCCGGCGCCCUCAUCGUCAACAUUGGAGACCUCUUCCAGGUACCGUACAGACAUACUAGCUCUAUAAUCGAUCCAUAUCCAUUUGCCUACCUAGCUAGGCAGAUACAUGCACUGCCCUAGCGCCAUGGCAUACACUUGUCAAGGAAGGUACGCGCCGGUGCCGGGCCGGCCUCCACUACCUCGAUGGGUCAAAACCUGUCUGUACGCACAAGUAGCAUGCUGGCGGCGUACAAGUCCGGCACCUGUGAGCAUAUGCCGGGUGUGUACCCCGGUGCACCAAAAGCGGAGGCUGCACGGUCAGACAUAUCCACAACUCGCGUACUUGUAUGCGCUGUGCUCUGCCUGAUAUGUGUACCGCCGCUAACAAAAAGCCUAUGGAUUAUAUUCACGGGGACAGCAAAAACAUUGCAUGUAGACCUGCGCAGUCCAUGGUGCUCACAUGGCACAUUGCAACUUUAGCAAGGCAGCCGAGACAGCGCAGCACAUAGUACUUAUACUUUUUCCUAUAUGGAGUACUGUAUUAUUAUUAUUAGUGCUGCCGCCCGUAGAUUAGACCGAUUAGUCAUCGUCGAGCACGCAACGCAUCCACCAAUCAAACAACUUAUCAGGGAAAUGUGCAGUCAUAUAUGCAGAGAUCAAUUUCAGUUUCUGUUAAAAAGGUCAUCAGUUCUGAAUGUUGUCCUUCGCUUUGCUUGUAUGUGUACC